ACGUUGCUCUGACACUUGUUCCAUAUUCGCUCUCCUCUUUGGCCCGAUUCCACUACUUGUAGAUAUCACAUCUGGACAUGGAUCGCAACUGUUCCAAGACUACAUGAGCGCAGCCGGAUCGAGGAAUGGUAUCGGCUAUGGCGCUGGAAGUGGCAACUACAACGAUAUAACCAGUAACAAUAGACAGGCCAGCGGUAGCGCCUCUGGAUCAGCUGCUAGAGCGGGACCGAUCGUCAAAAAAGAAAAGCCUGAAGGAGCACCGAAACAGACGAGGCGGGCAACGAAACGAGCGGACCGUGGCCGACCACGGGCAGUCGUGCCGCUUCCGACAAAUCCUGAUGGCUCACUGAACUACCCCAUUGUUGUUGGCAAGGGCACCAACGAGGUCAUUAUCGAGAAUAUGGGGAGGAUUGUGUGGCAAGGCAGAGGAUAUCACAACCAUCGCUAUAUCUUCCCAGUAGGAUUCCGCAGCAAGAAGCAGUACACAUCACUUUCGGACACAUCCCGGAAGACCUACUUCAUCAACGAGAUUUUGGAUGGAGGAGAGCAGCCCAUCUUUCAAAUCACUCUAGAAGACAUGCCUGAGAGGGUCUUCCGACACUCCUCGUCCAGCGGCGCAUGGGAGCUAGCAUUGAAGGGACUGAUGGAACUCGGCUACAACGCAAAAACGCAUGCCUCAGGGCCCGACAUGUAUGGUCUGACCAAUCUGGGUGUUAUCAAAUACAUCCAGGAGAUGCCGAACGCCCAUCGAUGUCGAAGAUACAUGCCCCUGAAGUGGAUCAUUGAGGACGACCCAAACUCACCUUCUUCGCAGGGCGAUCCCGCUGGAAGCAAAUCGCCUGGUCGGAAGAAGAAGAUCAACAAUAGUCUGUACGCCAGCAACCACGAGGUUCUCUUGGAGACCAUGGAGGAGGCCGCGGGGUCGAAAUCUUCAUCAGCAUCACGGCCAUACGCCCCUCGGAAGUACACAAAACGAAAGACAAACCUGACAUCGGAGACGGCUGAAGACAAUGCGUCACACAGCUCAUUCGUACCACCGCCAUUAACAGCAGCGGCAGCGGCAGCGACGGUAUCGGAGUCAGAGUCGGGAGUGGAUCCGAUGGAGGAUGUGGAGCACAGCGUCGAUCAGUCAAGAACGACGCCGGCUGCAACGACCCCUACGAUGUCAAGGGCGACGAUCGCACCAGUAACACCGUGCUCUUUGAGCGGACAGGAACCAUGUUCUCCCAAUGCACCGCAGGUGCCUGAAGGCAUGUACGACAAAAGCUCAAUGCACCAUUAUGAACAUAAAUACGAGCAUGGUUUGAUGGAGCCUUGAGACAACAAGCAGACUGAACGACUUUUACGGCAAGAAUACACAUGCGCACAUAUAUCCCAUUCGCCAUUUUUUUUUCUUUUCUUUUCUUUUUUUUCUUUUUUUCUUUCUUUCUUUCUUUCUUUCGCUGCAUGCACUAAUUCUGCCACACAACGAACACACACACACACACACACACACACACACACACACACAAACUCACAUACCAC